CUAUGAAUUUGAAACCAGCAUUUUAUUUGGAAACAAAAAGAAGAAAAGACAAUAGAGAAACAAAUCCAACAGAAAAGAAGAAAAACAGUUACACGAUCCAUUGGUGCAUUCCUUCAAACACAUCAUUGACACUCCCCUAACCGUUUUCUCCAUUUCCAUUUCUAAACGAAACUAACCCAACAAUGUGGAGUUCUAUGAUGAUAUUCGGUAUUGGAGCACUGAUUCUGCAAUUUCUGAUCUCAACCGCUUUAGCCAACGACGUCGUUGUGCUCACAGAUGACACCUUCGAAAAUGAGGUCGGCAAUGAUCGUGCUGCUCUCGUCGAGUUUUAUGCUCCUUGGUGUGGACAUUGUAAGAAGCUUGCGCCGGAGUAUGAAAAAUUGGCAGCAAGUUUUAAGAAAAUCAAUGCCAUUUUGAUUGGAAAGGUCGAUUGUGAUGAACAAAAAAUCAUUUGCACUAAGUAUAAAGUUUAUAGUUACCCAUCAAUUAUGUGGUUUCCCAAGGGAUCACUAACACCAAAUAAGUUUGAAGGCGCACGUACCGCUGAAGCUCUUGCUGGUUUUGUAAACAUGAAAGCAGGUACCAACGUGAAGAUAAUUGCUCUUCCAUUUAGUGUGGUAGUUCUCUCCCCUGAUAACUUUGAUAAGGUUGUCUUAGAUGAAACAAAAGAUGUUCUAGUGGAGUUCUACGCACCAUGGUGUGGUCAUUGCAAGGCUUUUGCUUAUACUUAUGAAAAGGUUGCCGCGGUAUUCAGGUUGGAGGAAGAAGUAGUUAUAGCUAAUCUCAACGCUGACGAAUAUAAAGAUUUGGCUGAGAAGUAUGGUGUUACUUCCUAUCCCACAUUGAAGUUUUUCCCAAAGAACAACAAAACCGGCGAAGAAUAUGUUGGUGGUCAUGAAGUGGACGAUUUCGUAGCUUUCUUUAAUGAAAAAUGUGGCACCAACCGUGAUGAACAUGGUCAACUUACUUCUAAAGCUGGCAUAGUAGCAUCUCUAGAUGACUUGGUGAAGGAGUUUGUGAUUGCCGACGACGAUGAGAAGAAGAUUCUCUUUUCCCAACUUGAAGAGGAAGUUCAUAUUCUUAAGGGUUCUGCUGCAAGACAUGGCAAUCUCUACUUGAAACUUAUGAAGAGCAGUAUGGAAAAGGGCGAAAAUUACGCGAAGAACGAGAUUCAACGUCUCGAGGGUAUGCUUCGGAAGUCAAUAAGUGCAGCAAAGGCAGAUGAAUUUACACUCAAGAAGAACAUUUUAUCUACCUUUGUUUGAUCUUAUGGUGAUAGAAUAGUCAUUUGAUAAAUCGUAUAAUAAGGCUUAUAUUAGAAUGAGCUUAGGUUUAGGAUUAAUUUUGGACAUUAUUAAUUGUAGUCAUUUCUUGCAUUUUUCCAUCACCAAUGAUUCCAUUGAGCUGUUUUUGUUUCAAGAAGUCCAUUUUGGAAUGUUUAAUUGCCUUCUAAUCC